CUUAAAAGCCCAGGAAAUCAAUAUCAGAUUUCAGGUUUUCUAAACCGCAUUAAGUAACAGAGGGCGGAUUCGCCGCGGGGCUUCUCCCAUGAGAUCGUGCAUAGUCUAACUAGUCUACAGCUGCCAGUCCUGUCCUCCUGGCUGCCCGACCACUGUCCGCCAAUCUUCGCAACCGUCCUGGUGUUUUCGGGGAGCCGCGCCGCGAUGGGACGUUUCGGGCUCUGCAUACACGUCCUAAUGGUCAGCUUGGCUGGCGCGGGUAUACACUGGACCUAUAAAGAAGGAGAGCUGGACCAGAUGCACUGGGUAGAGAAGUAUCCAGCCUGUGGAGGACGACUCCAGUCCCCUAUUGACAUUCAACGGCGGAGUGUGCGCUACAACUACAGCUUGCCGCUACUGGAACUCACAGGCUACGAUCAACAGAAAGGGAACUUCCUCAUGACUAACAAUGGGCACUCAGUUCAAAUUAACCUUCCCCCAACAAUGAUGAUCACUAAGGGGUUGCCAGCCCGCUACACAGCUGUCCAGAUGCAUCUGCAUUGGGGGGGCUGGGAUCUGGAGGCCAGUGGGGCUGAGCACACGCUAGAUGGCAUCCGUUACAUGGCUGAGCUACAUGUAGUCCAUUACAACUCCGAGAAGUAUAAGAGUUUUGAUGAAGCCGUAGACAAACCAGAUGGGUUAGCAGUGCUGGCAUUUUUCUAUGAGGAUGGACAUUUUGAGAACACUUACUACAGUGAUUUUAUCUCCAACCUGGCUAAAGUCAAAUUUGCAGGGCAGUCCAUGAACAUCUCCACCAUUAAUGUACGCUCUAUGCUGCCAGAGAAUCUGUCCCAGUUCUACAGGUACCAAGGCUCACUGACCACACCACCGUGCUAUGAGAGCAUCCUGUGGACAGUGUUUGACACACCCAUUACCCUGUCACACAACCAGAUUAGGAAGCUGGAGCACACAUUGAUGGACCUUGACAACAAGACCCUGUGGAAUGAUUACCGUAUAGCUCAGCCUCUUAACGGCCGUGUGGUGGAGUCUACCUUCCGGCCCAGAUUGGGCAAAGGCACCUUUUGUCGACAAGAGGAGAUUGAAGCAAAGCUCUUGAAGAUUGAGGGGCUUUUAACCAACCUGGGCAAGCAGGUAAAUUCAGGUUCUUCUGGAGAAAGACCACACAAAUCAGGGGCACGUGUGAUCACCCCGCUGGUGCUACAGUUCACUGAGCGCAGGACAGAGAGCUACGCCCUGGUGCACAGCACUCACACCAUGCAGCUGCAGGCCUUUACUGCCUGUAUGCAUGUUCGUAUUGUGCCUGGUGGUGUGCACACAGUUCUCUCCUACUCCACUUCUACCAACGACAACGAGCUCGUGAUAUCAGUGGGCUAUGAGGUGGGUUUGUGGAUUGGCAAUGCAUUUUUGAACUUCCCUCUUGACCUACAGUCCACCGAAUGGGUCAACUACUGUCUGACAUGGGCAUCCCAUUCGGGUGGUGUGGAGCUAUCAGUCAAUGGCAUGGUGGGUGAAGAGCAGUAUCUGCAAAGUGGCUACACAGUGCAGCCUGGGGGCAUCUUAAUGUUGGGCAAGGAUGAGGAUGGCUUCCUGGGUAUCUCUGAUAUGGAUGCCUUUGUGGGUCACAUGACAGAUGUGAAUGUGUGGGACUAUGUGCUCAGCCCCUCAGAGAUCCGUGAACAAAUGUCAUGUGGCAACAGCACCAUGAAAGGUAAUGUGCUUAACUGGGGGGUCACACAGCUCAGCCUCUAUGGAGGAGUGAGACUGGUGACUGACAAUCGCUGUCCAUGAUUGGCCAUCUAUGUUAUACCUUUAAGUACCUUUACACUUCUUUGGAAUCCUGUACAUUUAUAAAUCAAAAUGAUCAAAUUGUAAAGUGUAUGUACUGCAGAAAAACAUGAGAGUGGCUGUAAUAUGUGGAAAAUACACACACACACGCACACACUUUAUAAGUGACCUUGUCCUAUAUGGGGUCGCGGGGAA